UAUGUUAUUUCACACAGUUUUUAAAAUCAUUAUAAUUAUUAAUAUCUUUGUUAAACCAUUUAAAUUGUCUAAUGCAAUAGAGACUGGUUAUCCGUAUGAUGUAAAACCCGCUGACAGACUUCGAUAUUUAAAAUGUUCAUACUUAUACAGUGGUUUAAAUCAUCUGGAACUAUCUAUAUUAAAUAUAAAAAUGUAUUCAAAUAACUUAAAAUUACCUACAGCUGUCUUCAACUCAUCUAAGUAUGCUAAUGUUGUUAGUAAACAACUAAGUUCGAUUUAUGGUAUUAAUGGUAUCGAAAUUGGUCCUUUGUGGCUAUUAAAUGCUUAUACGAAAACUGUUCGUAUUUAUGUAAAUCAUCCUAAGAUACCUAAAGUGACAAUGAAUUCCUCAACACAUGAAAACAUAUUAAAAACCUGUUAUUAUAUUGCAAGUAAGUAUAAACAAGAAAUCAUUAAUAACAAUUGUCCAGAGGAAAAUAUUUAUAACAUGAAAUACGAUGAGAAUUUUGAAAAUUCACUUCGAUUGGGUAGUUACUUUCAAUUAAUUAAAAAUAAUUGUUUUAAAAUGGAAAGCUUGUUUUUCAAGUACUAUAUUAAUAAUAAUCUUAAAGUGGAAUAUAUAGACAAAUUUAAUAGAUAUAAUAUAAUAUUAAAAAAAUUAGGAAUUCAUUCAAAAGCAAUUCAUAUUCUGCAGUAUACUUAUAACGUUCAAGUAAUGUGGGGAAAUUCUGAUUCAAAACUCAUAGAUUACUACUAUAAACCACAUGAACUUACUUGGUAUAAUGAUCAUCUUUUACCAUUUAAAGUGUACUAUACAUCCAUUUUUGAUUUAUUACAAAUUAUCAUGUUGAGGUUGACCCUUAAGCAUUUUAUGUAUCUGAUGCAACAAAAAGUUGAGUAUAUUGAAGCUUAUGUUAUACGAUGGAUAGAAAUACUUGAAGAAUUUGUAAGUUUGUUGCAAUCCGAUAACGUUUCAUAUAUUUCCAUCAUUAAAUCAGAAAUUGAGGACUUUGCCCGAGAAUUUCCAAAGAUUGGAAAUUUAGUUGACUUAGAUAAUGUUGCUUUCUAUCAUAAUACUUUUGUAAUGAAAUUAUUCAAUCUAUCAGAUAAAUUUUUAUACAAACUUUGUAUUGAUUUAGAAUGUAAUGCUAAUAAACCUUUAAAAUUGAAUGGUAAAGAGCAGUUUACAUUAAAUGCAAACGAUCAACGACGUUUAAUAAAUCACGACAUUAAAUCAACUAAAACAGUUGAAGUAUUUAGUAUUGAGAACACAGAAGAAUUUAUCAAUCAACUUAAAAUAUUUUUCGAUGGAAUUGAUUUUAAUGUAAUUCGAUCUUUCGUCAAUUAUAUUGAUGAAAUAAGUCAAUAUAAAUUGUUUUAAUUGUUAUUGAAAAUGUUAGGUGGUUUUAUGUGAAUA